GCGCAGCUCCAGGCGCAGUCCCAGCCCCGGCGCGAGCAGGAGGAGGAGCUGCGGCGGCCACGGCUACUCCAGCAAGUCCGCGGCGCCACGGUAACCCGCCGACGGCGCGGGCUACUGGUACCCGCGUGGAGGAGGCGCAGGCGGCCCUGGGGCAAUGGAGCCUGGUGACACGGCGCGCCCGGGCCCUGGGCGGGCUGUCCGUGCGCUGCGGCCACGGCUACUGUUGCUACCACUGUUGCCGCUGCUACUGGGUCGGGGGCUGCGUGCUGGGGCCGCGGCCUCCUCUUCUGGGGCGGCGGCUGAGGACAGCAGCGCCAUGGAGGAGCUAGCCACUGAGAAGGAGGCAGAGGAGAGCCACCGGCAAGACAGCGUGAGCCUGCUCACCUUCAUCCUGCUGCUCACCCUCACCAUCCUCACCAUCUGGCUGUUCAAGCACCGCCGGGUGCGCUUCCUGCACGAGACCGGACUGGCCAUGAUUUAUGGACUCAUUGUCGGGGUGAUCUUGAGAUAUGGCACCCCUGCCACCAGUGGCCGUGACAAGUCACUCAGCUGUACUCAGGAAGACAGGGCCUUCAGCACCUUAUUAGUGAAUGUCAGUGGGAAGUUCUUUGAAUACACUCUGAAAGGAGAAAUCAGCCCUGGCAAGAUCAACAGUGUAGAACAGAACGACAUGCUGCGGAAGGUAACAUUUGAUCCAGAGGUAUUUUUCAACAUUCUCCUGCCUCCAAUUAUUUUUCAUGCUGGGUACAGUUUAAAGAAGAGACACUUUUUCAGAAAUCUUGGCUCUAUUUUGGCCUAUGCCUUCUUGGGGACUGCUGUUUCUUGCUUCAUUAUUGGAAAUCUCAUGUAUGGUGUGGUGAAGCUCAUGAAGAUUGUGGGACAGCUCUCUGAUAAGUUUUACUACACAGAUUGUCUGUUUUUUGGAGCAAUUAUCUCUGCCACUGACCCAGUGACUGUGCUGGCGAUAUUUAAUGAAUUGCAUGCAGAUGUGGAUCUUUAUGCACUUCUGUUUGGAGAGAGUGUCCUAAAUGAUGCUGUUGCCAUUGUACUGUCCUCGUCUAUUGUUGCCUACCAGCCAGCAGGGCUGAACACUCAUGCCUUUGAUGCUGCCGCCUUUUUUAAGUCAGUUGGCAUUUUCUUAGGUAUAUUUAGUGGCUCUUUUACCAUGGGAGCUGUGACUGGUGUUGUGACUGCUUUAGUGACCAAGUUUACCAAGCUGCACUGCUUCCCCCUGCUGGAGACGGCGCUCUUUUUCCUGAUGUCUUGGAGUACAUUUCUCUUGGCAGAAGCCUGUGGUUUUACAGGUGUUGUAGCUGUUCUUUUCUGUGGGAUCACACAAGCUCAUUAUACCUACAACAAUCUCUCAGUGGAAUCAAGAAGUCGAACCAAGCAGCUGUUUGAGGUGUUACACUUCCUGGCAGAGAACUUCAUCUUCUCCUACAUGGGCCUGGCGCUGUUUACCUUCCAGAAGCACGUUUUCAGCCCCAUUUUCAUCAUUGGCGCUUUUGUUGCUAUCUUCCUGGGCAGAGCUGCACAUAUCUACCCACUCUCCUUCUUCCUGAACUUGGGCAGAAGGCAUAAGAUUGGCUGGAAUUUUCAACACAUGAUGAUGUUUUCAGGCCUCAGGGGAGCCAUGGCCUUUGCAUUGGCCAUCCGUGACACAGCAUCCUAUGCUCGCCAGAUGAUGUUCACGACCACCCUCCUUAUUGUCUUCUUCACCGUCUGGAUCAUUGGCGGAGGCACAACCCCCAUGUUGUCAUGGCUUAAUAUAAGAGUUGGUGUGGAGGAGCCCUCCGAAGAGGACCAGAACGAACACCGAUGGCAAUACUUCAGAGUUGGUGUUGACCCAGAUCAAGAUCCACCACCCAACAAUGACAGCUUUCAAGUCUUACAAGGGGAUGGUCCAGAUUCUGCUGGAGGAAACCGUACAAAGCAGGAGAGUGCAUGGAUAUUCAGGCUGUGGUACAGCUUUGACCACAAUUACUUGAAGCCCAUCCUCACACACAGCGGCCCCCCUCUAACCACCACUCUUCCCGCCUGGUGUGGUUUGCUGGCCCGAUGUCUGACUAGUCCCCAGGUGUAUGACAACCAAGAGCCACUGAGAGAAGAAGAUUCUGAUUUCAUCCUGACGGAGGGUGACCUCACCUUGACCUAUGGAGACAGCACAGUGACUGCCAAUGGCUCCUCAGGCUCCCACACAGCCUCCACGAGUCUUGAGGGUGGUCGGAGAACAAAGAGCAGCUCUGAGGAAGUGCUGGAGCGAGACCUGGGAAUGGGAGACCAGAAGGUUUCAAGCCGGGGUACCCCUCUUGUGUUUCCUCUGCAGGAAAAUGCGUGACUGUCCCCCAAAAUCCUGAAAUGCUGGGGUAGGCCCUUGGAGUUGAGGAUGGCUACAUGCCCCAGUGUUGUUUGAGGUGGGGCACUGACUGGAUUGAACUAAUGCUUCUAUUUUGUUGGGGUUUGAAGCUAUCUUAACACUUAAAAUUUAACCCAAGACUCAGAUGGUGAAGCUAGAGUGUCUCUAAAUCAAGACGAAAGCAGAUCUAUCCCCACUUUUUCACAUUGUAGUGCGCUGUUUCAGAGUUAAGCAAACACAAAAAUAGCAUGCUUUCAUGGUCUCUUAAUUCAUCCACCCAUGCUCUUUGAAUAAGGCAGGGCAAGUAUUGGAGAUUCUACCCAUGAGAAGCUUCAUCUCAGCACAUAGCAGUGCCAGUCUAGCUGGCUUGAGGAACAUCAAGUCAGGGGAGAACAGGCUAGAAGAAAGACCAUGAAGGAAGGCAGUUGAGAUUGGCCCACCAAGAAUUCUGGGAUGCUGGUGUUAAACGGGACAGAAAAAGCUAUUUGAGUGGAGGCCCUGGCACUGAAGGCUACAGGACUGCAUUCUCCUAUCAGGAUCCCUGACUUUAUGCAACCUGUGUUUUCUUCUAGACUGAAGAUUAGAAAUGAUAUCCAUGAACAUUUCAGUGUGGGGAAAAGAAUUCUAGUUUCUUCUCUGGAAAUCUUUGUAAAGAAGUUACUGGGAUGUUUAAAACCAAAGGCAAAUUGUGUUAUUCUAUUGUUUUUAAAUUAAUCUGAGGACAGAAGGGGUUUAGAAAACGAUGGUAUCACUGCAAGAAUCAUUUAACUUUUGAGGGCUACCAGAUAGCCCACUACCUGGAAAAAUGAUCAGUAAGACUGGGGUAUAUACCAUAGAGUUAGAGAUAACACCAAAAUUUGUAGGAUGCUUUUAUCAGGGAAAGAAAAAGCAGCAAGAACCCAAACAGGCAAUAGGCUAGUAUUCAGAGGGAAAGGGAUCUCAAUGUGAAAAUAAAACCUGCAAAGAAAAUACAAGAUAGGCAUCUUAAGACUCAGUAAAAUUCCAAACUUUGAGCUGAUGUAUGCAUGCUAUUCAGUGGCUACAUGAGAAAUCUGAGUAAGCAUUAUUCAACCCAAUAGAAAGUUUCAUCUUAGAUAGGAUUAGGAAUCAGGUGUCUUUACAGCAAGUAUCAUUUUCUGGAUAUCUGGAGAGAGUAUUGCACCAGCUUAAUUUGUGGAUGUGGUUUGAAACCUGGGUUUUCAAUUUGUGUUCUUUCUGGGUGAAAUAUUCUGCCUGCCCACACCUGUGGUAGGUGAAAUACUGAGAGAACUCUUGGGACAGUUUUUUUCUCCACUCAUCUCUGUGCUUUAGUGCUAGCAUUGUUGGCAAAUCAAUUUCUAAAACAAAUGUCUUCAAAAUGUGAGUAUUUUUCUUCCUAUGGUAGACAAAUUAGUGUCUUAGUACCAUACACCCAUAGUGAAUCAGCCAUUUAACCUUCUUAACUCACAUCUUUUUUGUUGUUGUUUAUUUUUUUAUUUAUUUAUUUUAUGUGGUGUCGGGGAUUAAACCCAGUGCCUCAUGCAUGCUAGGCAAGCUCUACCACUGAGCCACAACCCCAGCCCCCUAACUCACACUUUUCAUGGUUAAUUUCUCUCUUGCCCAGGCUGGCCUUGAACUCCUGGGCCCAAGUGAUCCUCCUCUCCCAACCUCCCAGUAGUUAGAACUAUAGGCUCGGGCCACCAUGGUAAUUGUUAUUUUUAAAAUAGGUCAUAGCUUUACAACUUUCAGAGUUUUAAUUGGUAAUUUGUUUAAGUAAGGAAAAAUUUAUUUGAUGAGGUUGAGCCACAUGAGAUUGAUGAUUUUCAACUAUUUUUUCAAAAUCUAAAAUAGCAGUUUCAUAUAGAUUAAUAUAAGAUAAUUGAAUGCAUUUUAUUCAUCUCUCUCCUUUCCAUAGUAAAGUACAUUAUGAUUUUAUGGUCAUCUGUGGACUUUGUAAGUCUGCUAAAAGCUAAACAAUGUACCUAACCCCCUGAGACCUCAGGGUCACUAGGCUAGCAAAGGACUUCAGAAGACCUGCACCCCACAGCCACAGAAUAAGCUUUUUUAUGUUUCAGCCCCUAGAAGGUUGUGGGUUCAAGUUGUAGACAACAGCUGCCACACUUAGCAGAAGGUUGGAAUUUUGUCCAUGUGAUUAGACCCAGAACCAUCAAGCAGUGUUUGUUUUAUAGUUAUCUCAGUAAUGACCAGUACACAAUAUAAACUUAGAAGAUGAGACUGGGGGGGGGUUGGAUUUUUUUUUUUUUUUGAGAUGGGGUUUCACUAAAUUUCCCAGGCCAGCCCUCAGCUUGUCAUCCACCUGCUUCAGCCUCUGAGUAACUGGGAUUACAGGUGUGCACCUUCCUCUCUCUCUCUCUCUCUCUCUCUCUCUCUCUCUCUCUCUGUGUGUGUGUGUGUGUGUGUGUAGGUUAGGUUGGUUUACUCUUUGGUUGGGUCUGUAUAAAGCCUUUGCUCAUCCUUUAUGCUGGAGGGGAAAAGCUUAGACAAAAGUCCUAGUGAUUAUUCUUGAAAAAAACCCAACCAAGUAGAAUACACCCAGUCUUCAUUCACUGCAAAGCUUUGUUAUUCUUUUGGGUUUCUAGGAAGCGUUCAGAAGAUGGUAAGAAAUUAUCUUCUUAGGGAAGAAAAAUAACCAUUUUGCUUCCCAGCCUAGUCUUAGGUCAAUCAAUAAAUUGUUGUGUUUUCCCCCUAAAGGCCAUCCUUUAGUCUUCAUUGAAAACCCUUUGUUCCAACCUUAUUAAAUAUAAGUAAAUACAGAUUUUCCGAGACCAAAACUAGAGUUAUAAUUAUUUGAUUGAGUCUUUUAUUCAGCAGAUUGAAGUAAGUCACUUGGACCUAUGGUCCUAAGUUUUGUGUGCAAAGUGUGGAGAAUUUUGACCUUACCAAGGGUUUGGGAAGGGGAAUCCAUUUAUUGAAAUGGUUCCAUAUCAAAAAGCAUUAUGACUAGGCUGCAUGGAGAAAAGUAAGAAUGCCACAAAGCCCAGAAAUCAUCUAGCUCAAGGCCAACCAGCUGCUGUUGGUCUGGCAUAAAAAACAGACUGAUAUUGCUGAAUAAUGGUGUAUCCAAUUAAACAAAGAUCUUCUGAGAAAGUAUUCCCAACUCAUCCUUCACACAUAUUUGUUCAAGUUAAGGGGGGGUGACGUUUCAGCCAAGUCAGAGGGUCUAAAGCAGAGGUUCUGCACCCUGCCUGCAUAUUAGGAUCACAUGGCUGGUUGGUUUUUUUUUUUUUUUUUUUUUACAUAAUGACAUUACUUUCCAAGAUUUGGAUUCACUAGCUUUGGAAUAGGACCUGGCAUCCACACUUUGUUUUGAAGCUCCAGGAGUUCCUAAUGUGCAGCCAGGGUUGAGAGCCUUUUGGCUAGAGCUUUCUUUGGACUCUGUUUGGUACUUUAGUCAAAAUAAUGGCCUAGCAAGUUAAAGGUUUAUUUUUAAAAAUUUAUUGGUGCAUUAUAAUUAUACAUCAUAGUAAUAUUAUGAUACAGUCAUUUAUGCACAUAGCAUAAAUUAUUCUUUCAUUCCCCCUAUACCUCCCCUUUCCCUCUCCUGAUCCCUUCUCUACUGAUUUCACUUCUGUUUUCACAAAGUCCCUUUUCUCUCUAGCUUCUGUGUAUGAGAAAACAUAUAGGACCCUUGACUAUUAGUCAUGAGGAACAAACCAAGUCAGUAACACAGCCUUGGCAGCUAUGAGAAAGUUUUGAGUUAAUCUUUGCAGAACUCAAGGACAUACUCCAAAAAAUUCAACUGCAAAGAUUACAUUUGACAGCCUUAGAGCCUCCAAGGAGAUAAGGAGAACAAGUGUGUGUGUGUGGGGGGGAGAAUUGAAAACUUGUCAUCUUCCUUCCCAUUUGUGAGGAGAGGGGGAGGAGGAUUUUUGUCUUAACUGAGCUUCUGAUUAGUCAACAUGAAGGUUUCUGGGAGUCUGGCUUUUAAAUUUCAUAUGGAAUUAAGUUAAUAGCUUGUUCCCAUGCCUGAAUUUGUGUUGGAUUCCUGAGAAUAAGGGUGGGCCUGUUGAGUGCCAGAACACAGGGGAAAGUUGUGGUCACUUUGCUGUCACAUGAUGGACAGCAGAUAAAAAUUCCUGCCAUUCUUUUUGAUAAGAAUGGUAGUUCCCAGUCUUUGUGGGAACUACCAGCAAACCCAACCUUUGCUAGAGAAGGAAUUUUGGAAUUCAAGUAAGACUACAAUUCUCAGGAAACAAGCACAGGAAGGGCAUAUGGAUUCUGAGCCUCCAAGGUACUCACUAGGGUGACGAGACAAAUGAGUGUUGAUGCCUCGAAGUCAAAAGUCACACUGAAACAUCAAGUAUCUCAUCAAGCAAACAGCACGGGGCUCUUCAGGCUAUUUUCUAGACCCAAAAAUAUCCUAUGUGGUUUGACAAAUGAAGUCCCUUUAGAAUAAAUGCAAAAUGAUAUCUCCGCUAUCCAUGAACAUUUCAGUCUGGGACAAAGAAUGAAUAGUUCCUUCUAAAAUAGAGGCCUGUUUCACAUUGUCCCACCCCCAACAUUUCACUCCCUCUCUUUGUCUUAAGUGGAAGUUAAUGUAAUCAUAUCAGAUCUUUCAUGUGAACCAGUGAUUUCUAAAUAUAGAAACACCACCAAUGUAUUUAUUGAAGAUCAGCAGGGCCAUUGAGCGACUCAUCAGAGGUGAAAAUACCCACUUGGAGACCUGCCUUAUAAGUUCUAAGAGUUGUAUCAGAAAGAUGACAGUGGCAUCCAUUGUAAAAUGCAGCCUGGAAUGAGGGCUACUGGUAAGUCAGCUUGCCAACAAGAUAAGUAUGUGACUUCUUUUUCCACCCUAGAAGUAGAGAACUUGACGAUGUCUUUGAUGCCUGCCUUUUGACAUUGAUUGUGUAGAUUAGUUAUCCAGAGUCAGAUAAAUUACCCUGGUAUCAUUGAGUUCUGAUCACUUCUGUUGGUUUCUAAGUGAGAAACUAGCUUUCUGGUAUCAGCUGCUGCAUGCUGGUAACAAUAAGUUGAAGGAAUUUAGUAGCCAAGAGUCAUAGUUUAGAAACAACACAUCUGAAUGCUGCUUCCACCACUUUGAUAUCUGAAAAGAUCUUCCCCCACUUUAAAGCCUAGUGAAAACAGUAUGGAGAGAAAUACUGCAGAAACCAAUGCUACCAUCUAACUAGGAAAAGACAAGUAGAUUCUUUUGACAAUCUUUUAAAACAAGACCUAGACACAAACCAUUUUUUUUUUUUUGCAAACAUGUCUUGUCACCCAGGGGUAGCAAAAAUUGAAGAGAAAAACCAAAGUUGUUGAUCUUAGUUUUAUUUUCCUAAGCAGGGUAUACUAUAACUGGCCCAGAUGGAAUGCACAGGCUGUCAGAUUUCAGCCACCUGAGCCUUGGGGAAGAUGAGAAAGAAAGUCUGUCUGCUGUGCUACCUUCUGAAAAGGUCUGAAGCAGACCUGAGUGCAUGCAGCAAAGGUCACCUUCUCAUUCUGAUGGCCAUCCUUUAAAAAAAGGCUUAAUGGAAUUGCCAAAUGUCACCAUAAUCUCUCAACUCUUGGCCAGUGGAAAAAUUGUCUAAGCCUCUGUAUGUUGGAGGAACUCGGAAAAGGACUUGUAAACAGCACAAAGCGUCAUCUGCUGUCUAAAGCACUUUUAAGAAGUUACCAUCCAGGUGUUACUGGGUGAUUAACUGCAUGUACAUUUGGGGACUAACUUUUGUUAUGAUUAUUUCAUUGUGGGCUUUGGAGAAGUAGAGGAAUGAUUUUCAGUUGUAUAGGUGUGAAGUCUAUGGUUUUGUAAUUUUAUUACUGAAAUCGAUCCUUCAAAGUGUGAUUUCAGCUCCUUCUAGAUUAUCUCUUUAUGUUUUCAUAAAAUGCAUCUGAUACUACUUACUUGGGAAGUUUUGUUGUGUCCAUUAAAAUGAUUCAAUGGGAAGGCCACAAAGAUCCAUUUAAUAACUGAACAGCAACUUUUUGAAGUAGAAUAGGGUGAAUUUAACAUGGAAUGAUGUGACCUUCUGGGGAACUUUUUAUAGAGGGCUUACUUAUUGUAUUUGGGGAGAUUUUGUUUCUUCUAUUUCCAUUCAAUAGUAGCAAACUGGUGGUUUUAUAAUAUUAAAAUUAUACUAUGUUGUAUAAAUAUACAUUAUAAAUGAUAUUGAAGUAUGUUAUAACUGUGAAAAAUUAAAGACCUGAAGUUAUCUACCUUUAUGUGCAAUAAGGAAAACUGCCGUAGGCCCCCCAAAGUGGUAUCUUUUCCCUAGCAUUUUACUUAAUGUUUGCCUUUGUGUAGAUGUGUAGAUUGCUGUUGUAAAGCUAGCCAUGUGUUUUCCUGCCCUUUACUGAUAUUUAACACAUUUUUUUCAAAGCUUUUUUUUUUUUUU